AUGGUGCCGCCUCGUGUCCGCUGCUCCACUACCUACACGGCGAUGAUGAAGAUCAUCGCCAUCAUCACCACCGUCGGUCACCAGCUGUCUCAGUCGAUAGCUGUCACGGAUCCCGAGGAGCAGCGGUCCAACUGCAAGAGAGGCCUCGACAUCGAUCUCAAUCUCAGGCUGGGCCCCUUGGCCGGACGACGAGAUCGGAUCUGUGGAUGGGGGGGCGGAGGAGGUGCCACCGGUUGCAGCGGGAUCGUGGACGUGUCCGAUGCGCCGGCAGAGUCCAGCGUCAUGUCGAGUUCUGAGAAGAAGCCUCCGUCAGUUGUGGGCUCUAUCUCCGGCGAAGGUCUGACUGCGGAUAAGAGUUCACAAGGGGAAUGCAAUCCGGAAGGCAGAACAAAGAUGAAGAAAGCUGAAGAAGUUGGGAGGGAGUACUCGGAAAUCACGAAUAUGCAGGUGGAGGAAGGAGGAAAGAGGAGGAGAAGUGAGGGGUAUCUGGACGUGCUCGUGGAGGCAGUCAGGCAGGUAUCCGGCUUUUUCAGUGACGAAGAAGAAGAAGAAGAAGAAGAAGAAGAAGAAGAAGAGAAAGAGGACGAAACUCGGGCUGAGGAGGCGGCGGCGGCGGAGAGUAGGAAGAAGAGAGGCUUGGAUUUGGAGGAGGAGUGUGGGCCAGUGGUGCGAUCGAAACGAGGGAGGAACCAAGCGCUGCCGUCGAGGUACCGUGACUCUGUCCUUGAGCCGUGGGGGAAGUUACCCACCGUCACCCGCUGCUCAAAAGCGGCCAGACGGUGAUGGCGCAUUGAUGCAUGCUUCUUAUUUCCGAUUGCCCGUGAUAUUUAUAGCUUCGGUUUGAUUCUGAUUCCCUGGAAGAAGCUUUGGAUAAGGAAUUGAAAAUGCUUGUUAAGACCCCAACCCAAAAUAAAAAGAAGAAGUGAUUGAAAACGAUACAAGUGCCGGCGGAUUAGAAAUUAAUCUUGUAUAAAAUAAUGCUAAAAGUCUGGUGCCAAUAUUUUAUUUUAUUUGCUUUUAUUAACUAUAUAUAUAUAUAUAUAUCCAUCGCUGUUGGCAUUGUUGGAGUUGGUUUGGUAUCCGGGUGUCCCAGGAUAUCGCAUGGGUUUGGUAUAGGCGCAUUGUGUCAAGGGCCCGCUUGGGUUGGAU